AUGCCUCGGAAAACAUACGUAGGCGAGGACCGACGAGUGGUACUUGAAAAGGAUCGUUUGCGGAAGCGGAUGAUGAGGGCAAAUGAAACACCGGAUCAGCGAUUGAGGCGACUGAUCACUGACGCGCUGAACCACCGGAUAUCGCGGCUAAAGGAGAGCGUUGAGGCACGCGUUCAGCGCCAGAUGAAAGACGCCGAUCGAGCAAGAAGAAGGCGCGAGCGGCUGAAGCAAGAGGAAGAAGUACGUAAGUUGGCCGAGCAGGCCGCCCAGAGACAGAUGAAGUUAGAGAGCAACUGCAACAACAACUGA